GCUACUUCCUCUCCUCUCUUCGGGUUCCCUGCCCCUGACCACGACCACAGAGGCUCCAAGAACUCUGCAGAGCAGAAGCCAGAGCCUCUUGCACCUUCCAAAGACCAGAGCUGCAAAUCUUCCUGUGCAAGUAGCAACCUGAGCCCCUGCAUUAUCUCACAGUGGAAGAAAGAACCUCCUGAGAUGGCUUCUAAUAAAGACCCCACUGUAAUCUCAAUGAUAGAAAGACAUCUUUGUGACCUUCCUGAAACAAACACCAGUGACCUGAAGACAUUGACUGAAGAGGCUGUGUUGAGUUUUCACAACAUCAGUUACCAAGAAACAGUACAGAGUGGCUUUCCAUUUCGUAAAAAGACAUAUGUGAUAGAAAGACUAUCAAACAUCAGUGGGAUCAUGAAACCUGGCCUCAAUGCCAUUAUGGGACCUCAGGAUGGGAGCAGAUCUUUGCUGUUAGAUGUCUUAGCUGCAAGGAGAGAUCCGUGUGGAUUAUCAGGAGAUAUUUUGAUAAAUGGCAAACCUCGACCUGCUAAUUUCAAAUGUACUUCUGGUUAUGUACCACACAAUGAUGUGGUGUUGGGCACAGUGACCGUGAGAGACAAUUUAGAGUUCUCAGCAGCUCUUCGUCUCCCAGUGACUAUAACAAGAGAUGAAAAGAGAAGGAGGAUUAAUGAGGUGCUUGAACUUCUGCAUCUGAAUAAAGAACAAAAUAUCAAGCCUAGAUCCAAAGAACUCAGGAAAAGGACCAGUAUAGCAAUGGAGCUGGUCACGGAGCAUCCCAUUUUGUUCUUGGAUGAUCCCACAACUGGCUUAGAUUUGAGAACUACGACUGAUGUCAUUUUAGUCCUGAGAAGGAUGUCGAAGAAGGGACGGACCAUCAUCUUCUCCAUCAAUCAGCCUCAGUACUCCAUCUUCAGAUUUUUUGAUAGCCUCACCUUAGUGGCUUCAGGAAAAGUUAUGUUUCAUGGACCUGCACAGGAUGCUUUGGAGUACUUCAGAUCUGCAGGUUACAAUUAUGAAUCCCACAACAACCCUGCAGACUUCUUCCUGGAUGUCAUUAAUGGAAGUUUCUCUGAUAUAUUAGACACAGAGGGACACAGCCAUGAAGAUGACAACUAUGAAGAGCUUUUUGAGAGACAGUAUCAAGUCACAGGAAAACUGGCCAAUAUGUAUGCCCAGUCCCCCUUAUACAGUGAAACAAGAGCCAUCCUGGAUCAACUCUUGGGAGAACAGAAGCUGGAGAGGAGCUCAGCUGUGGAGACCACAUGUGUCACCCCUUUCUGCCAUCAGCUCGGGUGGAUUAUCUGUCGAUCAUUCAAAAAUUUCAAGGGUUUUCCAUGGGUCACUGUGAUUCAGGCCAUUAUCACAGUCAUACUGGCUGCAGCCGUAGGCACUGCUUUCCGUGUCCUAAAAAAUGAUUGUAUUGAAGUCCAGAUGAGAGCUGGCCUACUUUACCUGCUCACCAUCUUCCAGUGUAUCACAAGUGUGUCUGCAGGGGAGCUCUUUGUGAUUGACAGGGUUCGCUUUCUACAUGAGCACACCAGUGGAUACUACAGAGUGUCAUCCUAUUUCUUUGGGAAAUUGCUGGCUGAGCUCAUACCCAGGAGGCUCUUGCCAAGUACUGUAUUUUCUCUAAUAACAUAUGUCAUAGCAGGAGUAAAAAUGAGUAUGAACUGUUUCUUCACUAUGAUAUGUACCAUCAUGGUGCUGGCCUAUUCUGCCAGUUCCCUGCCAUUGUCCAUAGGAGCUGGGGAGAACGCAGUAGCUGUUCCAACACUGCUCGUGACCAUCUACUUUGUGUUCAUGCUGUUUUUUUCAGGUCUAUCACUAUAUUCUGGAAGCUUCCUGCCUAAGCUCUCAUGGAUUCAGUACUUUAGCAUUCCCCAUUAUGGAUUUAGGGCUCUGCUGCAUAAUGAAUUCCUGGGACAAAACUUUUGUCCAGAACACAACACAGAAGAAGUCAGUAGAUGCCAUAACUAUGUUAUAUGUACUGGUGAAGAAUUCUUGAUGAUCCAGGGCAUUGAUCUCUCAUCGUGGGGCUUCUGGGAGAAUCACCUGGCUUUAGUUUGUACAAUGAUUAUCCUCUUAACAAUUACCUAUGUGCAGUUAUUACAGGUUAAGAAUAUUAGAAAUUUUUAGUUCCUUGGGGAGGAAUUUUCUACAGUUGUUUAAAUAGAUGUGAUUCCAAACAAUCCUCUGAAUAUUCAUAAUUAUACUCGUGGACAAAUGCCACUGUGAGGAUCCCUCUUCUGUGAACUGUGUGAAUGCAGAGACUUAUGGCUGCUCACAGUACAAGGCUAAGGAACACGCAAAUGUUUAUCUCCAACAGAACACCUAUAGCAAACCCUCUAUAGCUUAGAGCAUUGUGGAAUAUGGGAGAAAGAGUGCAAGAGCCAGAUGAUGAAAAGAAGGAAUGGAAAUGCACUAUUGUGGUCAUGAACAGACAUAGCAACCGUGGUCUGUGUCCCAACUCCACAGCUUAACUGCAUAAGACUGGAUCCCUCAUCAGCACAGGAAGGAACAGAGGGGACCUUAAUGAUCCCAUCCACCAUUCUGCUCAGCUAUUGGCUACUGGAGAGAGGCAGUCAUUGAUUCACAUUUACACUCACAUUUGAGCCUACAGGAAUCCAGUGGAAAGUGAAACCCUUCAUCACACAGACAGCCCUGUUUAAACCCUGGGGGUCACAUGAUAAAACCAAAGUUGUGAAGGUGAGAAAGACACUUGUAAAGAGGAGUAUGUCAAGGGAGUGUAAGGGAGAUGAGAGACGUGGGACAGAGGGGGAAAUGGCUGAAAUGAACUAUAUAUGUAUAUGGAAUCGUCAAUUUUUAAAUAAAAAUUACAAAUAUACAGAAAUUGUAAAAAUUAAUAAACAUUGUCAUUUGUCUUAUAUUAUACUGUAAAUCAGCAAUAAAUAUAUGUUUAAGAAAUCACAAAAUAAUAACAAGCUAAUAAGUAAAAGGGUCUAAGCCCUAAACGUCUACAGAGAUACUUGCUCAUCCCUUGUGUUUCUGUAGUGUAUAAAAUAAAAACUUCAACAACC